AUGGAGACCUCCAGAGAAAACAGGCCAUGGCUGGUGCAGAAGUACGGUGGUACUAGCCUAGGAAAACUUCUCGAGUCGAUCUGCAGCAAAAUCGUCCCAUCCUACCUGCGAGACUACAACUUGGUCGUCGUCUGCUCGGCCCUCUCCGGUUCCACCAAGUCGAGCGGCACCACAAGCCUGCUGCUCGAAUGCGUAUCCCACGCCGAGGCCGGACUCUCUGCGCAGACGCUACUCAACACGAACAUUGACACCAUUCGAGAUGGCCACGUCCGGCUUCUCGAGAAGCACCUCGUCAACACCAACGGCACGAGGAGCGACUUGUGUAACGACAUCUUUGACACCACAAAGACCCUCAUCGUCAAGGAGUGCGAGAGCCUUCGAGGCUUCUUGCUGGCCGCGCAGAUCAUCGGGGAGCUGUCGCCGAGGGCACGGGACCGCGUCAUCGCUCUCGGAGAGAAGCUCGCCUGUAGAGUUGUAGCGGCGUUUCUGUGCACCAGAAAUGUCCCGGCCGAGCCCGUCAUCUUGGAAGACAUAGUCGAAGCGGUGUUUGGCGCCAGUGUUUUUGACCAGAAGACGGCACUUGACAACCUUGGUCCCAGGUUCUACCACCUCAUUGCCGAUGAGAUCUCCAACAGGAUACGGGACUGCGGCGACCAUAUUCCCGUUGUUACCGGUUUCUUCGGCAUCAUGCCAGACUCGCUGCUCAAGAACGUCGGCCGGGGAUACUCAGAUCUUUGUGCGGCCAUGUGCGCGAUGGCAACCAAAGCGGCGGAACUUCAGAUUUGGAAAGAGGUUGACGGAAUCUUCACGGCGGACCCGAGAAAGGUCCCGUCGGCAAGGCUGUUGUCUACAGUCACGGCAGAAGAAGCUACAGAAUUGACAUACUACGGGAGCGAAGUAAUCCACCCCCUGACGAUGGAUCAGAUACGCUGCGCCAAUAUUCCCCUGCGACUGAAAAACGUCUUCAACCCGACGGCCUCUGGCACAAUCAUCUACCCCUCUCGAACACCCUCGCCGCCCCUGACUCCUCCGACCCCAACGGACGAAAAGGUUGACAAGAAGAUCCUGCUCCCUUCCAUCGACUUCAUGUUGGGAAAUGGGUAUCACGGUGCAAGGCAGGAGAGACGGCGGCCCACGGCCGUCACUGUCAAAGAUGACAUCCUCCUGGUCAAUGUGGUGUGCAAUAGGAAUACCAAAUCUCAAGGAUUCUUAUCUGGUGUCUUUGACCGUCUCGAGGAUGCGGGGAUCAAGACGGACCUUGUCACUACCAGCGAGCGCAGCGUCAGCCUUGCGUUCCAGCAUUCGGAAGAGGGUUAUUGUCAACACCAAAGGUUGAGGGUCGAGCUGGAGAAGUUUGGAAAGGUAAUUGUCACAAAAAACAUGUCAAUCGUUACGGUUGUAGGACACAAGAUGAGGAACAUGGUCGGCAUAUCAGCAGAAAUCAUGACUGCCCUAGCAUCGGCCAAGAUCAACAUCUUCAUGGUGAGCCAGGGCUCCAGCGAGAUAAAUAUUUCGCUCGUCGUUCGCGCCGAGGACGCCGUUCUCGCCAUGAACGUGAUCCACAGCAAAGUCCUCCAGAUCCCGACGCACUGGGAGCAGGAGACGAACUUCAUCAAAGGUGCGGAGACCCAGCAGAACCCCCUUGGAGUUCGCAACGUCGUUGCCGGGUCUUGGUACCGACCAUCGCCGCUUACAACCCCCUCUUUCAGGUCCAUGGCUGUACUGACGAGGGAACGUGCGGCGUCGGCGGCGGCGGGAGGGCAUAAGCGGAGAUCUGGGAGGCACGCAGCUGCUGCGGCGACGAUGGAUGGCUUCGUGGUUGGGUCUGCUGAGGCGGCGGCGUAUCGGUAUAUUGUGAAGAGAUGGCUGAAGCGGAAGAGGCAAGUUUGA